AUGGCUCCUCUUCCCAUUAAAUUCACGGAGCUCAUUAAUUUGACGAAUGCUGAAAUCGCGCCGGCUUCGAUUGGUUUCAACACGUGUACUCUAGAAUCGGAUCACUUCGUCUGCGUCCGCCAAAAACUCAAUGACGAAGAUAAACCCCAGGUUAUCAUCAUUGACUUGAAGAACAACAAUGAAGUCAUUAAACGACCCAUCAACGCGGACAGUGCGAUUAUGCACUGGUCCAGGAACAUUAUCGCUCUCAAGGCGCAGGGCCGAACAAUUCAGAUCUUCGACCUCUCAGCCAAGCAAAAGCUCAAGUCUGCGGCCAUGAACGAAGAUGUUGUUUACUGGAAGUGGUUCAGCGAAAAGAGUCUGGGUUUGGUGACGGAAAACUCGGUCUACCACUGGGAUGUCUUUGAUCCCACCCAGUCUCAGCCAAUAAAGGUCUUUGACAGGCUUCCGAACCUCAACGGUUGCCAAAUCAUCAACUACCGUGUAAAUGAUGAGGAAAAGUGGAUGGUCGUUGUCGGAAUCAGUUCGCAGCAGGGCCGUGUUGUUGGCUCGAUGCAGCUAUACUCCAGAGAACGCGGGAUCUCACAAUUCAUUGAAGGACAUGCGGCCUCUUUCGCUUCAAUUCGAGUUGAGGGUUCGCCACUGGAGCACAAGCUCUUCAGUUUCGCCGUGCGGACACAGACUGGUGCCAAGUUGCAGAUCGCUGAAAUCGAUCACCAGGAGCCGAACCCCAGAUUCCAGAAGAAGGCCGUGGACGUAUACUUCCCUCAGGAGGCGGGCAGCGACUUUCCGGUUGCCAUGCAGGUAUCUCGCAAGUACGACAUCGUUUACAUGGUCACUAAAUACGGUUUCAUCCACCUUUAUGACCUGGAGACUGGUACCUGCAUCUACAUGAACCGGAUAUCUAGCGAGACGAUAUUUACCACUGCUCCUGAUUCCGACUCCGCCGGUCUCAUCGGCGUCAACCGCAAGGGCCAAGUCCUAUCUGUCAGCGUCGACGAGGACAACGUGAUUCAGUACUUGAUGGAAAACCCGGCCAUGUCCGGUCUUGCUGUCAAGCUGGCCUCCAAGGCAGGACUUCCCGGUGCCGAUCACCUCUACCAGCAGCAAUUUGACAAUUUGCUCGCCCAAGGCAACUACUCCGAAGCCGCCAAAACCGCCGCAAACUCCCCUAGAGGGUUCCUGAGGACGCCGGAGACCAUUAACAAGUUCAAGAAUGCCCCGCAAACCGGCCAAAUGUCUGUCAUCUUGCAGUACUUCAGUAUGUUGCUGGAUAAGGGAACGCUCAACAAAUACGAAAGCAUCGAACUUUCCCGCCCUGUUCUCCAGCAGAACCGGAAACACUUGCUGGAGAAGUGGAUGCGUGAAAACAAGCUGGAGGGCUCCGAGGAACUGGGUGACAUUGUCCGACCAUAUGAUAUGAACCUCGCCCUGAGCAUUUACCUUCAGGCCAAUGUUCCUAACAAGGUCAUCGCCGGUUUCGCCGAGACUGGUCAAUUUGACAAGAUUCUUGCCUACUCCAAGCAAGUCGGAUACCAGCCAGACUACACUCAGCUUCUUCAACACAUCGUUCGCGCGAACCCGGAGAAGGGGGCUGAGUUUGCCACUCAGCUCGCCAACGAAGAGUCCGGCGCCCUCAUUGAUCUCGACCGUGUUGUGGAUGUUUUCCUCUCCCAGAACAUGGUUCAACAGGCCACUUCUUUUCUGCUGGAUGCUCUUAAGGAUAACAAGCCCGAGCAUGGCCACCUUCAAACACGUCUACUGGAGAUGAACCUUGUCAACGCUCCUCAAGUGGCUGAUGCCAUUCUCGGGAAUGAGAUUUUUACGCAUUAUGAUCGUCCCCGUGUCUCUCAGCUCUGCGAGAACGCUGGCCUUAUUCAGAGAGCCUUAGAAAACACCGAAGACCCUGCCGUCAUCAAGCGCAACAUUGUCCGCACAGAUCAACUCAGCAUCGAAUGGCUGAUGAACUUCAUUGGUCGUCUGUCUGUUGAACAGACUCUCGACUGCAUGGACACAAUGUUGGAGGUCAACAUCCGCAACAACUUGCAAGCAGUUGUUCAUAUCUCUACGAAGUUCUCAGACCUUCUUGGACCUAGUCGUCUGAUCAGCCUCUUGGAGAAGUACCGCACCGCCGAAGGUCUCUACUAUUACCUUGGCAGCAUCGUCAACCUCUCCGAGGAUCCUGAGGUCCAUUUCAAGUACAUCGAAGCUGCUACUGCGAUGAACCAGAUCUCUGAGGUCGAGAGAAUUUGUCGGGAGAGCAACUACUACAACCCCGAGAAGGUCAAGAACUUCCUCAAAGAAGCUCGUCUGACCGAACAGUUGCCGCUUAUUACUGUCUGUGACCGAUUCAACUUUGUCCAUGACUUGGUCUUGUACCUUUACCAGAACCAGCAAUACAAAUCGAUCGAGGUCUACGUGCAACGCGUCAACCCUUCGCGCACCCCUGCUGUUGUUGGAGGGUUACUCGACGUUGACUGUGACGAGAGCAUCAUCAAGAACCUUCUCACUACGGUUGACCCAUCUGUAAUCCCUAUUGAUGAGCUCGUUUCUGAGGUCGAGAGCCGCAAUAGGCUCAAGCUCCUUCUGCCCUUCCUUGAGGCCACACUUGCUACUGGUAACCAGCAGCAGGCGGUCUACAAUGCUCUCGCCAAAAUCUACAUUGACAGCAACAACAACCCAGAGAAGUUCCUCAAGGAAAACGAUAUGUACGAUACUCUGGUUGUUGGAAAGUACUGCGAGAAGCGUGAUCCCAACCUCGCCUACAUUGCUUACCGCAAGGGUCAGAACGACUUGGACCUCAUCAACAUAACAAACGAGAACGCCAUGUACAGGGCACAGGCUCGUUACCUUGUUGAGAGAACGGAUCCCGAGAUUUGGUCUUUCGUUCUCAGCGAAAACAACAUGCACCGCCGGUCUCUUGUUGAUCAGGUUGUUGCCACUGCUGUUCCGGAAUCCACUGAGCCCGACAAGGUGUCCGUCGCCGUUAAGGCUUUCUUGGAGGCCGAUCUCCCCGGUGACCUGAUCGAGCUUCUCGAGAAGAUCAUUCUCGAGCCCUCGCCUUUCAGCGACAACGGCAGCUUGCAGAACCUCUUGAUGCUCACUGCUGCCAAGGCCGACAAGGGUCGCCUUAUGGAUUACAUCCAUCAGCUUAACGAAUUCAACCCGGAUGAGAUCGCCGAAAUGUGUAUCUCUGUUGGCUUGUACGAAGAGGCUUUCGAGAUCUACAAGAAGGUCAAUAACUACAUUUCAGCGGUCAAUGUCCUCGUCGAGAACAUCGUCAGCAUUGACCGGGCGCAGGAGUUCGCUGAGCGCGUUGAGCUGCCUGAUGUCUGGAGCAAGGUUGCCAAGGCUCAACUGGAUGGCCUUCGUGUCUCUGAUUCGAUUGAGUCCUACAUUCAUGCCAACGACCCAUCCAACUACAACGAAGUCAUUGAGACUGCCACGCAUGCAGGCAAGGAUGAGGACCUUGUCAAGUACUUAAACAUGGCUCGUAAGACACUGCGCGAGCCCGCCAUCGACACUGGCCUCGCCUUCUGCUAUGCACGCCUGGAUCAGCUCGCAGAGCUUGAGGACUUCCUACGAACGACCAACGUUGCUAAUGUAGAGGCUUCCGGUGACAAGGCCUAUGAGGAGGGCUACCAUCAGGCGGCCAAGAUCUUCUACACGAGUAUCUCUAACUGGGCUAAGUUGGCCACAACAUUGGUACACCUUGAAGACUACCAAGCGGCCGUCGAGUGUGCCCGCAAGGCCAACAGUGUGAAGGUGUGGAAGCAGGUCAACCAGGCUUGCGUUGACAAGAAGGAGUUCCGCCUUGCUCAGAUCUGUGGUCUUAACCUCAUCGUCCACGCGGAGGAGUUGCAAGAUCUCGUUCGACAGUAUGAGCGCAAUGGGUACUUUGAUGAGCUGAUUGCUGUGCUUGAAGCCGGUCUGGGACUGGAGCGGGCGCACAUGGGAAUGUUUACUGAGUUAGGCAUUGCUCUUUCCAAGUACCACCCCGACCGUGUCAUGGAGCAUCUCAAGCUCUUCUGGUCCCGUAUCAACAUCCCCAAGAUGAUCAAGGCCUGCGAGGAUGCUAACCUAUGGCCGGAGCUUGUUUUCCUUUACUGCCACUAUGACGAAUGGGACAAUGCUGCUCUCGCGAUGAUGGAGCGCGCUGCCGAUGCCUGGGAACACCACUCCUUCAAGGACAUUAUCGUCAAGGUUGCCAACCUGGAAAUUUACUACCGUGCCCUCAACUUCUACAUGCAAGAGCAGCCGCUGCUCCUCACCGACCUGCUUCAGGUGCUCACUCCCCGUAUCGACGUCAACCGUGUCGUCCGCAUCUUCCAGACUUCGGACAACAUUCCUCUGAUCAAACCUUUCCUCCUCAACGUCCAGUCCCAGAACAAGCGGGCGGUUAACGAUGCGAUCAACGAUCUGCUGAUUGAGGAGGAGGACUACAAGCUCCUCCGCGACUCAGUGGAUAACCACGACAACUUCGACGCCGUGGAGCUUGCCCAACGCCUGGAGAAGCAUGACCUCAUCUUCUUCCGCCAGAUCGCGGCGAACAUCUACCGCAACAACAAGCGCUGGGCUAAGUCAAUCGAACUAUCCAAGCAAGACAAGCUUUACAAGGAUGCCAUUGAGACGGCGGCUAUCUCUGCCAAGUCCGAAGUGGUCGAGGAGCUUCUUCGCUACUUUGUGGACAUUGGUAGUCGCGAAUGUUACGUUGGCAUGCUCUAUGCUUGCUACGACCUGAUCCGUCCCGAUGUGAUCCUGGAGAUUUCAUGGCGCUACGGUCUUCAGGACUUCACCAUGCCGUUCAUGAUUAACUUCCUUUGCGAGCAAACACGUACCAUUGAGAUGCUCAAGAAGGAUAACGAGGAGCGGAAGUCGCGGGAGGUGACACAGAAGAAGGAUGAAGACAACACACCCAUUCUGGGCGGAUCGAGACUCAUGCUGACGCAGGGUCCAGCAGCGCCAGCACCUCCCGUCUACGGACAGGCGAAUGGAAUAACGCCGCAGGCUACGGGGUUCCGUCCUUUCUAG